AUGGCAAUUUCAUCAAGUCAAACAAUAAAUGUAUUAGAAUAUGGUGUUAUGGGCUCAAUGUUAAUAAUAUCAGCGAAUUAUAAUAAUUCAAUGAUUGUUUUCUAUUCAUCAAAAUGUAUCAAUAAACAAAUAAGAGAAUGGAGUCAAAUAAUGCAACAAGAAUAUAAUCGAACGAAACAACAUCGUCUCAAUGAUCUUACUAUUAAUUAUCUUGGUUAUAAUAAUAAUAAUACAGAAAAAGGAAUAAAUUAUGAAGAAACAAGAUGA